AAUGACCCCUUCCCCUGGCACCUCGGCGCCUACGACGCCCACUGCCACCCAACCGACACCAUGGCCUCCCUCUCCCCGUCGUCCGUCGCCGCUCUCCGCACGCGCGUCCUCGCCAUCAUGGCCACCCGCUCGCAGGACCAGCAGCUCGUCGCCGACGUAGCAGCCGAGCACGGCGUAAAAGCUACAGAUCCAGACUCGGAGUCGGAUUCUUCAGCACCCAAAGCAUGCAAAGUCGUCCCGGCGUUUGGCUGGCACCCCUGGUUCUCCUACCAGCUCUACGACGACACCGUCCAGAACCCCACGUACAACUACAGACCCUCCAGCAGCAGCACCGAGGGUCACGACGCCUCUGCAGAGCAAGAAGAAGAUGCCAAAAUCAACCAUUACAUGGCCGUUCUCUCUCCAAAGCCAGAGGAUCGAUCCUUUCUCUCCUCCCUCCCGACACCGACCCCCCUCUCAUCCCUCAUCGCAUCUACCCGGGAGUAUCUCACCUCGUUCCCUCUCGCCCUAGUGGGCGAAGUCGGGCUCGACAAGGGCUUUCGCCUGCCUCAACAGCGACCCCCCGGCGAUGAUGACUACUCCCGCGACGAGAAUCUCACCCCUGGCGGGCGCGAGGGCCGCCUCCUCAGUCCCUUCCGGGUGCGGAUGCAGCACCAGCAGGCCGUCCUGCAGGCGCAGCUGCGGCUGGCGGGGGAGAUGGGGAGGGCCGUCAGCGUCCAUGGCGUGCAGGCUCACGGCGUCCUGUACGACACGAUAGCGGCCUGCUGGAAGGGCCAUGAGAAGAAGGUCUUGUCUCGAAGGGACAACAAGAGGAUAGCUCCCGGCGCCGAAGAAAGCUCAGACGACGACGACGACGAUGAUGAUGAUGAAACCGCUUCAGACAACAACGACGGCAGCAAAGCAAAGAAGAAGAAGGAGGAGAAGAGCGUCGGUGGCAAACCUUUUCCCCCACGGAUAUGCCUCCACUCGUACAGCGGCAGCGCAGACAUGCUCAAGCAGUGGUUCCACCCGGCCGUGCCCUCGACCAUCUUCGCCUCCUUCUCCACGGGCGUCAACAUGAGCGGCGGCGGCGGCAAGGACAAGCUGGCGGGCGUCGUGCGGGCGGUGCCCGACGACAGGGUCCUCGUGGAGAGCGACAUGCACGCCGCGGGCGAGGAGGCGGAGGCGCUGCUGGAGGACAUGUAUCGGUUCGUGUGCGAGGUCAAGGGGUGGGGGUUGGACGAGGGGGUGGAGAGGAUAGGGAGGAACUUUUGCAGGUUUAUACAUGGGUAG